AUGCAUACAAAUGCAGGGUAUACUUCUGAUAAUGGUAAAAAAUAUCGAAUACCUACAGUGAGUACAUGUUGUGGUUGCGUCACAGAUUUAAAAACGGCAGUGGCUAUUAUUGCAGUCCUCGGUAUAGUAACCAGCCCAUCGGUAUCGUGGGCGAUCGUACGACACGCUUUUGUAAUACGAGUGUCGUGCUAUGUGACCACCAAUGCAGAGCAGGCAGAUGUAGUUGAUGUUAACCUUAACAACAUUUUAAGUUUUGGUUUCGGCGCAAACGCUGGUCUAGGCCCAUCAUGUUUGUCUUCGAAGAAUAAAACUAGAUCUCAAACAAUGAUGCGUUCCGGUGAACCGGAAGAUUUAUCUAAUAAUGUAUUAGUAAAAACAAUUCGGUAUAUGGGCUGGGGUGUAUUAUUUACCGACUUAGCCUUCCUAGUUUUCAGUGUCAAUUUUCUUAUAAAAAUAUUUAGGCCUCCAGACCGAAAGGCAAUGAAACAAUUUAUGAUAUCGUGUGUUAUAACAAUAUUAGCUUCGUUUAUGUUUGGAAUGUUGUAUGUCGGCGCAUGCAUGAAAAUUGGGGGAGCCUUCCCUAUAUUCGAAAUUGUGUUCACUUUCAUCGAUUUAAUAACCUGGUCUUACUACCUAUUAGUAGUUUAUUCUUACAAAACUUCCACUUCCUGA